AUGCUUCAAUCGUCGGAUAACAACUAUGAGAACUCAUCGCUAGAUCCUCUCCCCAAAGAUGUCCUCCAUGGAAUGAUUGCGAUGGGAACGAUUGGCCUCGUGUCAACGAUCUCGACUUUGGCUCUUUUGAUAUUCAUCACAUAUCGCAUGAUUUGUUGGCGGCGGUAUUAUGAACAUCCAAUCGCAACAAACCAGAUCUUCGUCCUCAUCUACAACCUUUUACUAGCCGACUUUCAACAAGCACUCAGUUUUCUACUCGCCUUCUACUGGAUAUCAGAGAAUAAAUUAGUUGGGCCGUCACCAGUCUGUUUUGCGCAAGGAUGGCUGAUUCAGAUCGGGGAUCUCAGUUCUGGGAUCUGGGUUUUAGCGAUUGCGGUUCACACUUUUAUCAACCUCGUGGCUCAAAAGACUAUUACGUUUAGAGUUUUUGUGGGAGGAGUCUUGAUGAUAUGGUUAUUUUGCUUGGUCUUGACAGUCGUUGGACCUAUACAAGAGCAGACGAGAUUUUUCGUCCCUGCUGGGCUUUGGUGUUGGAUAGGUGAAAAGCAUGAGAGAGAUCGACUCACCCUACACUACCUAUGGAUCUUCGUAUCACAACUAGGCUCUCUAGUAAUCUACAUUGCCAUCUUCUUCUUCCUCCGCACGCAAAUCGCAAGUUCAGUCAGCACCCAACAAACCCUCAGUCAAGAAACUCCAACCACACCAAUGGCACCCAACUUCUCCAAACCAACAAUAGGAACCACCACCACAAUCGUCAGCCAAACAAUCAACGACCCCUUCGCCGUCUCCCGUCAAAAGAUCCUCCGAACAGCCCGUUACAUGAUCGUCUACCCAAUCGCCUACAUCAUCCUUACCCUCCCCCUCGCAGCAGGAAGAGUAGCGUCAAUGACCGGCCGCAAACCUCCAUUGAUGUUCUUCUGUGUCGCAGGCGCCAUGAUGGCAUCCUGUGGCUUCGUGGAUGUGGCUCUCUACAUCUACACCCGCAAAGCACUCGUCCGUUCAAACGUCGGCCAUCGUCGUACCAUCGUCCCUGCACAAAACCAUCCACUCUCUCCUUAUCCUUCUGCAAAUGCUCCGCAUAGAAAUACCUGGCACACGAGCUGGCAUGAGGAAGAUAGCGUGCCGGCGUCGCACAGUGGGAGCACGGAGGACAUGAAUGUUGAUCAUAAGUUGACGAUUGAGAAUGGCGCAAUUGUUGUGCAACAGACUAUUACUAGGCGAGAAGAUUGUGAGAAUCCAGAAGGUGGACGGUUCGCGAGGAGUGAUAGCUUGAAGAGUUUGGUAGGGAAGAAGGUGGAUGGGAAGAGUUGGCUUACUUGA